AAAGAAAAGAGAAAUGUUUUACUCGCAUUCCUUUCUCUCAAGAAAAGGGCCAUUAGGUGCUAUUUGGGUAGCUGCUUAUUGCUUUAAGAAGCUCAAAAAGGCUCAGGUCACUCAAACUGAUAUCGCUUCUUCUGUUGGUUCGUUUUUCUCUCUUCCCCUUUUAGUUUUUUUUUUUCCACUUCUUUUUUAUUUUUCGCUUUAUUCUCUUUUGAAUACAAAUGAGACCAUAAUUCUAAUAUCUCAGUUUGUCUUCCGUUUUCUGACAUUUUUGUCUGUAAGCAUUUUGUUUUUCUUUUGUUGCUUCUUUUAAGAGAGAGAUUGAGGUAUCCCGCGGAUGUUUCUUUUCUGGGCUGUGUUAGUUCUUUUUUUCUUGUAUUUUGCAAAAAAACAGUUCUUUUCUUUGAUCUGUUUGAUCAUAUACUUCGGUUAUUUGUUAGUUCUAUGAUGAAUUUGCUGCAAAGGUUGUUUCUUUAUGUGUUCGUUACUUGGAACGGCUGAAUUGGCUAACAUACGAGCUGGGUUUUCUGAUUUGUGUUCUUUUAAGGAAGAAUUUUAUUGUUUAUAAUUUGAGGUAAACUAUAAUUGUAACUUAAUUCUGGAUAUAUAUUUUCUGGUUAUUUUUCAAACUAUUUUGGGUUUUUUUUCUGGAUUUUUAAUGUAGUCUGUUCAAUCUCUUUGUAUGCUGGGAAAAAGAUAAACUUUUAUCAACAGGGGAACGGCAUUGUUGAGCAUAAUUGUUUGCUUCAGGAAUUAUGUCAUUUUACAUGGCUGUUUAUUUGCACAGAUAAAAUAUUGCAAGAUGAAUUUGAUGCUGUCACAUAUAGGGUACUUGCCUACCUUCUUCUUGGUGUUGUCAGAAUAUUCUCCAAAAAGGUUGAGUAUCUGUUUGAUGACUGCAAUAAGGUGCUACUCAAAAUCAAAGAUUUUAUGGCUAGGAAUAAAGAAAGGGCACUUAUGGAAACUCUAUGUGCUCCUUAUUCCUCUAUUACACUACCAGAAAGGUUUGAACUCGAUGCUUUUAACCUAGAGAUCAUAGAAGAUAUUAGUGGAGGCAAUGUGGUGCCCUCUGAAGACAUUACAGUUAAAGAUAAUGAAACAGAUGGCAUGUGGAAAACUGGGGCCAUAGUGCCAUACUCCCUGGAUAAGUAUCAUAUUGAGGAAUUCACUACUGGUCAGGUUAUUUGCUCCACAAAUUACAAUCUGAAUGAUGUUAUUUCUUCUCACCCGAUUGACUUUGAUAUGGCGGUAGGCACAUCUCAUUAUUUAAGCAGCUUAGAAGCAAGCACAGAGAAUUAUCUGGACAAUGAGCCCAAUCAAUGUGAAUCCAUGGAACUUGAAAUGUUUCCUAUGGUUGAGGAAGAACCUCUUUACCCUGUUCAAUCAUUUGAUGAAUAUCUCCAUAACAAAGCAGAGCAUACAGGGGCUAUACAAGUGGUGAGUUCAGAUGAAAUGCAUGCAGAACUAAGCAUGCAGGAGCUUUGGGGUAACAGUAUCUUUCGAGAAGCUGGUUUGAAUCUUCAGAUAUUUGGCGAGGUUGAGGAAGAACCUGAAAACAGUGCCAAGUCUUUUGGUGAGCAUCAUCAAACUGAUGGAAAACAGAUAAAGGUUCCAGAUUUGACACAAGCAGAAAAUGAAAAUGAUGAGGUUAUUAAAGAAGACUGUAAUAUAAGUAACCUUGAAGUAAGCAUAGAGAAACUUAGGGAAAAUAUGGUUGCUCAGGAAGAAUGUAGGGACAUAGAAAUGUUCUGUAUGGUUGAGGAGCCUCCAGAAGAAAAUAGAUCGAUUCCUGACAAACAUAAGAGCAAUACUGAGCACAAAAUGUUAUACAGGGUUGAUGAGCUUCCAGAAGAUACUAGACCAUUUGGUGAAGAGCAUCAGAGCAGUGCAGAGCAUGAAACUUUAUUACAAAUGACAUCUCCAAGAAAUAGCACAUAUGAGGCUUUAACAGAAGAUCAUCCAUUGUCUGUAACACUCGAUACCACUCCUAGGCCCAGGUUCCCUAAUGCUUCAGGAGCUAUGACACCGGAGAUUUCGGUAAUUCCUACCCCAGCCGCUAAAGAGGGUGCUCGUGUUCCAAGGAAACGGAAGUGUGUUUUUGAUGAUACGAUAGUGUUUCCUAACAAUGUAAUUAAGCAAUGUAUAGAAGAUUCAAGUGACUUGGUCUCUAAACGAAAAAAAGCUCCUCAUACUGCUCUCACUGCUUGGAGAGCCUCUCGAGUUUCCCGUCUUCCUCGUUGUUUCUUGGAGUCUCUGAUUCCUUGUACUGCAUCGGAUCUUAGAUCCCUUCUUUGUGGGAAAAAAUUAAAGAUUUCAGAAUCACUUGAUACUGUGAGAGUUCCACAAACAUUCACUUCUGAGUGUCCUACUGCUCGUAGAUCAGUAGAAACUGUUGAAUCUCCAGAGAAGUUGGACAAAUCAAAAAUUUUAGUUGAUGGUCGACUAGUUGAAACGAUGGAUUCUCUUGAAAAGUUAAAUGUGUCAGCAUCUCCAGCUGUUGAUAGACAAGGCAAAACUGUGGAACCUCGAGCAACCUUAGGCAUGUCAGAGUCGCCUACUGCUAUUAGAUCCUUGGAGCAAGAGAGGAUUGCUCCUGAAACACCUAUUCUGCAUACAAAAUCACUGAGGACUUUUGAAAGUCCUGAAAGACCUGAAAUUUCUAAUUUAGAUAGGGUAAGGCUGGAGUCUGAAAGAGUGGAGAAAGAGCUAUCUCCAAGCAAGGGACACGAACUUGAUCUCAAUAUGAUGAAUGAGGAGAUUAGUUCAGAUGAAGGAGAUAACCAGAACCAAUAUGGGUGGUCAGGAAGAACAAGAGUGGCUGUAAGGUGCCUGCAUCGAAGUUUUCUAAAACAAAAGAAUAGAAGGGAGGAAGAAGUAGUAAAUCUGCUGAGUCUUUUGGAAGGAAGAGCCAAGAAAGAAAGUGCGAGGCUAUUCUAUGAGAUACUGGUGUUGAAAAGCAAAGGAUAUGUGCAUGUGAAACAAGAAAAUGCAUAUGGUGACAUUCUCGUAUGGAAAGCCUCUCAAUGGGGACAAGCAUGUAGCGAAGAUAGUGUUGAAGCCGAUUGGCGUUCCAUGUACUCGGAUUCCUAAAACAUGUUUAUAGUGUGUAGUCUAGUCUGUGUAUAGAGUCUUCAGGUUUAUGUAAGCAUGUAUAGUGGUAGAAGUACCUUCCUGUUUCACAAGGAAUCUUGAACAGGAAGAAUCCAGCAGUAAUGACCUUUUUGAGAAAAAAUAAAAUGAAAGGAAAUAACAAAAAAAAAAAUGUAAAUUUUUUUGCAAAUUUA